AUGAUUUCCACACGUGCCCUUGCCCACAAGGUUCUGCUCGGCUCGAGCUCAAAUGUAGCACGGACUCUUCAUGUAUCUGCAGUCCGGAAAUACUAUAUUGAGGGUUCUCAUGAACCUUUUGCUCCUGUUCCAGGCCGCUUUCCCCAGUGGGCGACAACUGGAGAGCAGGCGUUUAGUCAUAUAACUGAUGGUGCAAAGGUUUUUGUCCACGGUGGUGCGGCAACACCGUCUCUUUUGGUGACAGAGCUUCACAAAUAUGUUAUGGGCAAAGGCAUUAAGAACGUACAGCUCUUCCACAUACAUACGGAGGGACCAUUCCCCUUUAACGAUCCUGAAUGCGUUGGCCACUUUCGUACAAAUUCACUUUUCACUGGUCGGAAUUGCCGGGAGGCUAUCGGUGCUGGGAGAGCCGACUUCACCCCGAUCUUCCUGAGCGAAAUCCCACUUCUUUUCCGCCGUAAACACGUUGAGCUUGAUCUUGCGAUCGUUAGUAUUACUCCACCUGACAAGCAUGGAUUUUGCUCUCUGGGACCGAGCGUCGAUGUCACUCGAUCUGCCAUUCAGAAUGCUAAAUUCAUCGUGGGCCAAGUCAAUCCUAGCAUGCCUGUUACUCGUGGUGACGCAAGCAUCCAUGUUAGUAACAUUAGUGUUCUCAUGCACGGCCCCCAACCCCUCCAUGAACUGCAUGCCCGAAAAAUCAGCGAGGCAGAGAAUCAGAUUGGAAAGUAUAUUGCCGAGGAACUCGUUCCAGAUGGUGCCACCAUGCAAAUGGGUAUUGGAUCCAUCCCUGAUGCUGUCUUGUCACAGUUGACCAAUCACAAACACCUGGGCGUUCACACUGAAAUGUUCUCCGAUCGUCUCGUCGAUCUGGUCAAACUGGGUGUGAUUACCAAUUCAAUGAAAAAGAUGCGACCGGGCAAGAUUGUGACCAGUUUCGUCAUUGGAACCAAGAAAUCUUUCGAUUUCCUGGACAAUAAUCCUUUCGUCGACAUGUGUGACAUCGCGUGGGUUAACUCGCCCGUAAUCAUCGCCCAAAAUCCUCGACCUAUGGCUAUCAAUUCAUGCAUUGAAGUCGACCUCACCGGACAAGUCGUGUCGGAUUCAAUUGGUGCUCGUAUUUAUUCAGGUGUUGGUGGCCAAGUAGAUUUCAUUCGUGGUGCGGCAAUCAGCGCUGACGGCGAGGGAAAACCAAUAAUUGCAUUACCAUCGACAACCGGCAAGGGGGAGAGCAAGAUUGUACCAUAUUUGAAGCCAGGUGGUGGUAUCGUUACUACUCGCGCUCAUGUGCACUACAUUGUCACCGAAUGGGGUAUUGCCUACCUCUUCGGUCGCAAUCUGCGCCAGCGUGCGUACGCACUCAUCAAUAUUGCUCAUCCAGAUCACAGGUCAGUGUACCAUCUUUCUUACACUAUUCUUUCGUGUAAUUCACGAUUCUCAUAA